AUGGCUCUGGGUGAUACGCUGCCAUGGACGCGUACAAAGCAGGUCAUCCAGUCUGCCUCCAGUCCUCCUCGUGAGGAUGCCUCCGCCACCUCGGACACUACUGAGCGGCGGGACCCAAUCACACCAACCUUAUUCAGGUCUAGGAUACCCAUCGUACCAGUCGCAGCUACCAUCUUCCUGAUCGGCUUCACAGGAGCUGCACUCUAUGGCGUCAGAGCUGGCCGCAAAGCGGAACUCAAGGAAGCCGCAGAGAUGGCUGCGAAGAAUCAUGCUGCGACUCGGCAUGCUGCGACAAACACGCCUUCGGCGCUGAGCAGAGCACAGCCAGCUUUGAACUCAUCUUCUACAUCGUCGUCAAGGGGAACGGCUUCUGGCUUCGACUGGGGGGCUACGGGCUCAUCAGCUCCCUCAGCACUGUCACGCCGUGGUGCAGGCGCUGCGAGCUCGCCCCGCGGAGGUUUUUCAGCAUCACCCGCAGGAGUCGCAGGGGGCCAAAGAGGCUACACGUUUGAAGAACCUCCAGCUGUCACCGCCAUCAAGGCUUUCACUAUUGCUACCGCCUUGGUCGGCGUGACGAGUGUCGCUGUCGUCGAAGUGGCUCGGCGAGUGUGGAAAGUGGAAGAUAUGUACGACCUCACAGAUCGACUCCAUGAUAUGGCUCCAAAAUCUUUUGCACUGUUCGAGAGCGUAGGCAACUUCAUGCGGGCACGCCUCGGUGGCAUCUUCCCAGAGCCGGCGGACAAAGAAGACCCUUUCGCAGCACCUGUCGGGGACCAAUCUUUCCUGGAAUCGCCUGAAGGAGCAAGUCACUCCUCGAACUGGCCCCAUAUCCUUCGCCCCGCCACCCACGUCCCAAUCGAUGUCACAUCAGCUACUGCCAAGAAUGCAGUUAAGCCUGUGGAAGACCUCUUCGAAGAGAUCGAACAGGCACCGACGAUGCGUGCUAAACUGGAGCUUGUCGAGCUACAGCUUCGAGGCGAGAAGGCCUUCGAGGAUCAACAUCGCGAGGAGCUACGCCGGCAGAGGGAGCUCCGAGGUACCGCUUCUUCCAGGGACAAGUCCCCAUGA